UCCAUUCCCUUGUGAAAUUAGAAAUACCUCGAUGCUAUAAACCGCACGAAUUUAACAAGACAAGGAAUGCGGAACUCCACUAUUUUGCUGACGCAUCGACUGAAGGAUAUGGGGUAGCAACGUACCUUCGGCUGGAAGAUACCCAAGGAAGGAUUCAUUGUACCUUAGUUAUGGGCAAAUCAAGAGUUGCACCUCUUAAAACAGUCACGGUACCCAGAUUGGAACUAACCGCUGCAACAUUGGCCGUGAAGCUGAAUAAACAAAUUUGUGAUGAGUUGGAUCUGUCAAUAAGUCAAAUUGUUUUCUGGAGCGAUUCAAUGAUAGUGCUGCGUUACAUUAAGAGCGAGAACAAAAGGUUUCAAACCUUUGUAGCGAAUCGAUUACAAGUUAUUCACGAUGCUUCUACUCCGAAUCAAUGGAGACAUGUGCCAACCAAGCUCAACCCAGCCGACCUUGCAUCAAGAGGUAUAAGUCUUGGUCGCGCAACAGGCCAAGACCAACGGGACUUGCAGUUUUGGUUGAACGGACCCGAUUUCCUUUGGAAAGAUCCCAAAUUAUGGCCAACGCAGCUAGAUGACAUACCAGACGUAGAAGACACAGAUGUGGAAGUAAAGAAACCUAAAGCAAGAGUUGGUGCCGUCAUCAACUCAAAGGAUGCACCCCCUGAUUCGCUAAUACAACUUAUCCAUCGAACAUCCGAAUGGUACAGAUUGCAGAAGUCGGUUGCAUGGCUGCUAAGAUUCAAACAGUACAUCUUAAGCCGUUAUCCAAACGGUCCAGGAUUAGAAGUACAACGUGGUCCUCUAAAGGUAAAAGAGAUUGAAUCGGCAACCCAGGAAAUAAUUAAACUUACCCAACGAAGUUCAUCUAUCAACGAGAAAACUAUGAGAGAGAGAUACGCUAAACUAUGUCCAGUCAUCGCCGGAGGAAUUGUGAGAGUUGGUGGACGUUUGGAUAAAUCAUCGCUGCCGGAAGAAUCUAAACAUCCCGCAAUUCUUGAUUCCAGUCAUCACGUUACAAAGCUCAUUGUCCGGUAUUACCAUGCAAAGGAAGGUCACGCUGGAACCAGUCAAACUCUAGCAGCAAUACGGCAACGCUUCUGGAUAAUAAAGGGACCUAGCACUGUGAAGAGUAUAGUCAAUAAUUGUGUUCCGUGUCGUCGCCGAAACCAGUCUCCAGGGAAGCAGAUAAUGGCCCCACUGCCAAAAGCUCGUGUGAAAUCUGGUGAGUACCCGUUUUCAUCUGUGGGAGUCGAUUAUUUUGGACCUCUUAAAGUCAAAUAUAAAAGAGGAACUGAAAAACGAUAUGGCUGUGUAUUCACUUGCUUAGCCAUAAGGGCCAUACACAUUGAGAUUGCACAUGACCUAUCGACAGAUUCCUUCAUUCAAGCCGUAUGUAGGUUCGUCAGUCGACGCGGACCGCCGAAUGAGUUGUUCAGUGACAACGGGACGAAUUUUAGAGGAGCGGAAUCUGAAGUUAAGCAAAUGUUGCAAAAUUGGAAUCAAGCUAGAAUAUUAGAUCGUCUAAGAGAAAGGGAAUUCAAUGGCAUUUCUCUGCUCCGAAAGCAAGCCAUAGCGGGGGAGUUUGGGAGCGCAUGA